AUGACUCAAGACGCACCUAAAGAUAGGAAUUACCCUAACAUAUCCAACGUAAAUUAUUCUGACAUAUCCAACAUAAAUUAUUCUGACAUAUCCAACAUAAAUUAUUCUGACAUAUCCAACAUGAAAUAUCCUGACAUAUCCAACGCGAAUUACUCUAACAUAUCCAACAUAAAUUCUAAGAAAAAUAUAAGUCCUGCAUGCACAUUCUUACAGGAAGUCGCCCGUGAAGGUUUCUAUCUCCUGGAUUCCGCAUCCAGGAAGUACCUCGGAGGUUUAAAUAUAGUGGAUGUGCUAAAUAAAAAUGGCAUCAAGUGUAGAGCAUACUAUAUUAACAAUCGAAUUAUGCUUGUUGGAAAAUAUGAGGAUAUUAAUUUCAUUAUUCAUUAUGUGAAAAGGGAUCGCAACCCAAUCGGAAAGAAUGAAAUAAUCUGUUUAAUUAGUGAUUUUGAAAAUCAACAAUCCAAAUUCAUUAACCAGAACGAUGUCAUAAUUAAAGGUGUCAAGAUUGAUAAAGAAAAGAACAUCUCGAUCGAUGAAAUUUUGAUGAAGAAUAGUGACUUUAAGCCGUUUUAA